AUGAAGGUCACUGCUGCCAUUGGCGUUGCUGCCUUAUUUAUGGCCCCGUCUGCUGCGGCCUGGAAGCUGCCUCACGCCAACAGGGCUGACGCCGCUCCUUCCGGCUCUCCUUCGAGUAGCUUCCCUGGCGGUUUCCCAUCUGGAACCCCCUCUGUCACUCCAUCUGGAACCCCCUCUGUCACUCCAUCUGGAACCCCAUCUGGUACUCCAACUGGAUGGCCUACUGCGUCCCCAACUGGAUUCUCUUUUGGCCCUCGGGCAUUUGGUCACGGGUCUGGUAUUAAGGGACCUGGCCACGGCGGACCCGGCUACGGAGGUCACGGUCAUGGAUUCCAGUCCAUCAGCUCCUCCACCAUCUCUCCUAGCAGCUCUCCCACCAGCUCUCCCAUCGGCUCUUCUACCGCCGUGCCUUCUGGAUUCCCCGCGUCUACCGGUGUUCCCCCUGGGUUCCCCGGUGGCUUCUCCGGUGGCCAGACCUCUAGCGGUUCCUUCACCAUUUUGCCUGUCGCGACCGCGACUGCUGGCACAGUUAGUGAGCAGGGAGACUUCGCUCGUCGUCACGCACGCCAGAUGUUGUUUUAG